AUGCCAACCAUUUUUGAGUGGGAAAUAGAUCCUGCUCCGGUGUGUGAGUCACAAGAUGACAGCGUUGAGGAGAUCAUUGAGCUAAAAAAUUGCGAAGUUGGUUUAAAUGAAGGCGAUAAAGAAUAUCGGGCCAGGGACGGUACUGUUGAUGCUUCGACGUCACCUAUCCGUAACUGUGAUUACUAUGAUACUGAUCUUCAGGAAGUGGAAGUGUUGAAAGUGGAAGUUGAGACAUUCAAGCGCGAAAAUGCACACCUCAAAAAGGUGAACGAAAAGCAGUGCACCGAGCUCGCUACAUUGAAGCGGGAGUCCGACCUGCAAUUGAAGAGACACGCAUGGAAAAUGGAGUCACUGCAAAAACGUUUGGAUGAAAUGGCUGCCGAAAUGAAAAAUGUGGAAGAUGCACUAGCUUCCAUCUUCACCAAAGGGCAGAUAGCGAAGCUGAAGUCUGGGUCGAAGCGACGAAAAUGGGCGGAAGAGGAUAUUGCGAAGUCAAUAUCGUUGUAUGCUGCCAGUCCUAAAGCAUACAGGUUGCUAUAUAAGCAAUGCCUUCCACUCCAUCGGUCCGCACACUUCAAAGUUGGGCACAAAAACUGGACAUUUCGCGCGGACUUAUAA